GUUGCAGAGUGUUACAUUGUCCAGAAAUUGUACACAUUUGUUGAGUCUCAUUCUGACACCCAUUUUGGACUUCCAUGCCUGCAAUGUCACACAUGGAUAGGACAUUAGAUGUACGUCCCAGCACAGGAAGCGUCAGAAUAACAGAUUUUGGAUGGCAAGGUCUACUAAACCCAAGUCCGCUAACUCAAGAAGAUGAUGAAAGUCUUGUUGAUGAGUACCUGUCACCAGCUAAACUACAAGCUCUUACAGGGUUGGAGGAUCUGACAAAACUUAAGACACUCCAGAUGUGUGUGGACACCAGGGAUCACACCCUUGGGAAUUUUGGAACUUACAUGCCAAACCUAAGAGAGCUGAAACUGAACAACAGUCUUAUAGUGUCCAUCAGAGACCUUGGUACAUCAUUAUCGAAACUGGAGGUGCUAUGGAUGGCUCGAUGUGGUCUUACAGAUCUUGAUGGCAUCUCUUCCUUAUGUUCCUUAAAGGAACUCUACCUAGCCUACAAUGAUCUGAGUGAGCUCAGUCAGCUUAGCAUGUUGGAGAACCUGGAGAUCCUGGAUUUAGAGGGGAACAACCUGGACCAUAUUAGUGAGCUUCAGUACCCGGCCAUGUGCACCAAGUUAACUACACUCACCCUAGAGGGCAACCCCAUUUGCACCCAGCCAAACUCAGAGGGGUCAGAGUCUGCAGAUUAUAAUUAUAGAAGCACAGUUAAAAAUAUGAUCCCUCAUCUAAAACUUCUGGAUGAUGUUCCUGCUGACCAGCUCAAUCCCACGUCCCCAAGGACACCUAGCCAUGACUGGCAGAUGGUAAAGGACUACAUUAAAGACAACGUUGGGAGGCAGGUGAAUGCUGCACUGGGCCUCGGAACUACACAGAAAAAUACCAAUGCAAGGCCAAGCACAGCCCAGCCAACUCUCUUGAGAAGACCUUUCUCAACAGCAAGACCAACAAGUGCCGGAAGACCUGCCACCAGUUUCCAGGGAUCUGGGAGGGAUCCAUUAGCAGAACACACUGAAGAUGGCACAGCGGAAGAUGAAGCUAGUGACUUAACCCAUGGAGUUGGCAGAGUCCUAUGUGGAAACCCUAUCAAGGCCCUCCGUGCAAGGAAGGCGAAGUUAGGACCCCUGGGAAACAAACCUAAAAAUACAUGUGAGCCUGAUGUGGCUUUGGACAAAGAUCGUGAUGAUGUGUUUGCAGAACUAAGAGCCUGGAGAGAAAAGCACAAUGUACUUUUGCAACGGAUUCAGGAACAGCGUGCACCGCAGGUUUUGACAAUCAACCACAGCGAUGAAGAAGGUAGUCAUAGCAUUUGUUCCAGCAGCGAUGAUGAAUUAAGUGAACCAUGGGACUUGGGUUGCCUUGUAAGGGUGACUCCAGAAAUUUCAAGUCCCUCUUCCCAGUCACUUACAGGCUGCUUGAAUCCUGAAGAAAUGCCUUUGCAAGAUGCCCAUUGUGUGCCAUCUCCUCCAAUUACUCCAUGCCCACCAGAAAGUUUCAAUCACAGACAAAACAAGAGAUCAGAUAUACGAGCAAGACGUUUCAGAAAAGAAGCCAACCAGAGUGGAACAAAUACGACCAGGAAGAUGACUGCAAGUGCAUGCGUUGGAGAUGAAGCCUUUCCACUGACAGAGUUUGAAGGAAACUAUUUAAAGAUCCAAGCAGACCCAAAAUCACAUGAAGAAAAAAAUAAAGAGCUGAACAGAAGGAUUUUUUAUAGACCUCCAAAUGACAGAUCUUCACGUGACAGUAACUCUCCCAACCGACCUCCCUCUCACCAGCCGGUUAUCCGCUCUUCCACAAAAACACCAGAGAAACCUUCUCCACCCCGCGCUAUUACAACAAAGGAAACAUUACAGAGGUUACCAAAUCGUCCUGUUAUCCUGCCAAGAAAUAAGAACAUAUAAAAAAUCAUGCAAGAUGCAUCAAUGCU